CCGCCGAUUGGUCGAGGCUCCUGUCGCUUCCCUUCCACGCCUUUCGCUGGCAGAACCGGCCAGGUUCGGGCCGUGGAUGGAGCCGCGGGAAAGCGCUCUCAGGUCUUGGAAGCAUAUGAGAAUCUAAUGUAAAUACACAAGUCAAAAAGCCAAAUUGAACUUGGAAAAUGGCCGGCUUCCUAGACAAUUUCCGAUGGCCUGAAUGUGAGUGUAUUGAUUGGAGUGAAAGAAGAAACACUGUUGCUUCUGUGGUAGCUGGGAUCCUCUUUUUUACAGGUUGGUGGAUAAUGAUUGAUGCAGCAGUAGUUUAUCCUGACCCAAAACAAAUGAACCAUGCGUUCCAUACUUGUGGUGUGUUUUCCACACUGGCUUUCUUCAUGAUAAAUGCUGUAUCAAAUGCUCAGGUGCGAGGAGACAGCUAUGGUGAUGGAUGUCUAGGAAGAACGGGUGCUCGUGUCUGGCUCUUCAUUGGCUUCAUGUUGAUGUUUGGCUCACUUAUUGCUUCCAUGUGGAUCCUUUUUGGUGCUUAUGUUACCCAAAAUGCUACUGUCUACCCAGGAUUAGCAGUGUUUUUUCAAAACGCUUUGAUAUUUUUUAGCACACUUAUCUACAAAUUUGGAAGGACAGAAGAAUUGUGGGCAUAAGAAUGCAGUUUUCCUUUAUUCUUCUUAGCAAGUAUUAUAUGUAAAUAUAAAUUAUGUUCUGAUUUCUAUUUUGCCAGGCUUACCGCAUUACACAUUUUUGAUGUUUUAUUUUCUUUUUAUGGAAAGUUAACUGUUUUAAAUAUUCUGUUAUUAAAUAUUCCAAGUUAUAUUUAGCUACCUUUUUAAUACAACAGAUUUGUGUAUAUGUACAUAUUAUUGCUCUGUGAAUCUGUAUGUCAAAUGACAAUCGGGAAAAUAUUGUGUUCUAAUUGCCUCAUUUUUCUCAACAUCAGUAACAAUGAAUGUUAAAAUUAUCAUGCAGUUGGCAGAUUUUUCUGAUGUAUAAGAUGGAGGGUAUUUUAAGAGGCUCAAAGCUUUGUCAGGGUCACAUGUUGCUUUUAAGUGCAAAACAGUUGAAUAGCUUCUUACCCUACAUUUACUGAGGAAUGGAAAUUGAUCAGAGGUAUCAAACUUGUGGUCCUUCAGAUGCUUGAGCCUCCCACUCUCAGAAACCCUAGUCAGCUUGCCCAAUGGCCAGAAAUUCUGGGAGCUGAAGCCCAAAGCUUGACACCACUGGAUUAAAUGAUCAGAAAGUGAGGCUUCAGAAUCUUAUCUAGAAUAGCAUUUGCGAGGUUCUUCAAAAUAGCUAAUUUGUAAUGCAUGACAGGGGAAAAUAAUUUUUCAGCAUUCUUAAAAGCUAAUAUAUGCUGGCAUCAUAUUGUAAAACUUUGCUUAGCACGGAUUUCCUGGAUACUAGAAAUGUUCUGUACUAUUGCAAAAUCUGUACUAAACAGAGGCAUGAUAGAGAAAUGAAAUUCUGAAAUGCACUAAGUCUCAAAUACUUCGUUAGUACAGCAUGUCAGAAAAUGGGAUGGCCCAAAAUCAUUUAAGCCUGGAGUACUAGUGUGUUUUGCAAGGUAUAGUAGAAUAGUGUUAAAUCUGAGAGGUUUUAUUAUUUUAAAAAUCCAUCUUCUAAAUGUCUAAUAACGUAUGGUCCUUUUUAGGCAUUAUAUAUGCAUUCAGGCUGUGAGUAUUUCUAGGUAAAAUUGCUUUUACCCUGGAUAUUCACAUGCUUAUGCAAUAUUUAGGGCAAGGGAGAUCCCGUGUUCCACUUUCUCCAAAACCCUUGCUCUGUUUCUUUCUGUAAGUUUUCAGGAAAAGAUUUGUCUUUAAAUGUGAUUUACUAGAUUCCAAAAAUGGAAAACAUGGAAGAUAUUUUUAAGUGAUCAACUUGUAGCAAGACUGCCAUAUUUUCAAAGAGUUAUAUAUUUUAGUCAUACAAAUGAUAAAGUUUGUAUGUUCGUACAGUUUGCAUUAACCAGGACUGGUUGUAUUUUAUGCCCCCAAAUCCAAAUUGCUUAUUGUUACUUACGGUAUGUCAAGCUGUAUCAGAUGUAUAUUUUAUUUAUUUAUAUUUUUUGUAUUAAGUACACUUGCAAGAAAAAUGUGCAGGGGAAUGAUGAACAAUUGGACAAACUAGGGGUGCCCUGCAUUCUGGCUGUUAGAGGUUCUGGCCAAGAGUUUGUUUCAUGCUCUCCACCUUGGCUUUUUUGGGGGAAAAAUCUUUAUCCCACAUCUAAAAAGUAGGUAGGCCUGCGUAGUGUUCAUUGUCUGGAAACAUUUUUAGAGACUUUAGGGGACAGUCUAUGAAGCAGAUCCUUAAGCUGAGAAUUGUCCUAUUAUGUCAGACUUAAUUUGUACUUUGUAGAUCAGACUCCAUCAAACUGUCACUUUGAUCUGUUAUAAAACAUUAUACAAUUUUGACUGUUCAGUGUAAUUACAUUAACAUCCAAUAAAGGUCAGCAAAAUACUA